ACUUUAAUGGGCUCUUAUUUCGAUUCCUUUACAGGUAUAUCGCGCGACCAGUUUAUAGUCAGUUGUUUUAUUCAUUCUUUGGCACGGCGUCCACCAUAUCCUACUUCCAGAGGAGAACAAGAUAGAUCUUCCCUUCCAUCAACUGGCAAGCAAUUAAGGCCAUCCACGUCAGGUGGCUAUCAGUCAGAUGCAGCAUGGCAAACUACCUCUAUUGUCGAUACCAGACUUAUGAAAAAUGGUUUGAUAGACUCUGGGGCUACUCCCAUCGUGGAUACAGGAACACCUACUGACACACAACGGACAGUUGGGUUUCUAACAGGCGGUUUUGCUGAUCUAAUGCAUGUUUCUUCAGAUGAUAGUGAGGCUGAUCAAGCGAAUCCUAUUCGCUUCAGACGUUCGAUUGAUCGGCGGUCUACAGGCACGUUGGUUUCUAAUGAUCAAAUGUUUGAGCCGCGAAGCCCUAAAACUAUACAUGAAAUCACCAGCCCGGAGUUGCUCUAUAGCAAAUGCCCAGGCGCCGAGUUAGAAAGACUGGAGCGCCGGUUGUCAUCUAGAGAGUUUGAUGCGUUUCUUGGAAAAUCAACCAAGCUUCGUCUGGUUGACAUCAGCUUAACAAGACAAGGUGCUUGCUCAGGACAAAAUGGUACGACCUACAAAUAA